GCUAAACGCGUGUUCACAUGAGCGUAAUGGACGGAGGCGUGGGAUAUCCAUCUCCCUUGUCAACCUUUCAUCUUCGUCUCUUUCCAUCGAUCAACUUCUCAUCCCGAUUCUUCCAACAUGUCAGAAAAGCCCAGGAGCAUACGAGCGCUGUUUCUAGAAGCCGAGCACUCGCGCAAAGAUCUCUCCAACAGUUACGAUUCGAACAGUUCAUCCUUCCAGGAAAAGCUUCGCAACACCAUUGCCACCUACGAGGAAUGUCUUCAGCUUUCCGAACAGGCCUCACUUUUCAGUCCGAACGAGACGCUCGAUGACAUCUCAUCUACCGAUUUACAGUAUAUGGCUGUAUCUUACCAUAUAGCCGAUCUCAAACAGAAGAUCACCGGAGAUGUAGCUUCAAGAAAAGAGAAUAUACUCCAGGCACGGGGUCUCUACGAGCGAUUCCUCAAGCUUCUGGACUCAUAUGAUAUUCUUGGCAAAAGCGACGCCCGACUUCUCGAAACUUAUCUUGACGAUAGGAACUCCUUCUCCACAGCAAGCACCAAAGAUGCUUCCGCUAGAAGAGAUGCGAAAAUCGCCAGAUUCCGCGAGGAAAAAGAACUGAAGAAAAAGCUAGAGUACCUACAGCAGAACCCAAAGCUUGCAGAAAGUGACGAGCAAGUCGUGAGGGAGCUGAACCUGACGAACUUAGCAUUCAUGGUUUUCCAAACUUUCCAAUCUCUGGAAUCCAUCGGACAAGAGCUGCACAUUAUUUCCCUGGCCCCACCUGCACCGCCACCAUCUCAAGGACCUGCACAAGACUCUCGAGAGGAUGGUAGGGUUAGUGACGGUUAUUCUGAGCGACUCGACGGUCAUAAGCCCGGUUUGAGAUAUACUGGACCUAUUCUUAGCAGGGAUGGAAAGCCUAUGAGACCGUUUACACUACUCGACAACCGCUCCAGACUUCAACAGGGCGUGUUCAGACCCGACCACAGUCUGCCUACGAUGACCAUCGACGAGUACCUCGAGGAGGAGAAGCGAAGAGGUGGAAUCAUUGAAGGCGGGGGUGAGCAAUCAGGCAUCCGACCAGAACCUGACGAGGAUGACCUCGUGAAGGCGGACGAGGAAACGAUGAAAGCACGUGCAUGGGACGAGUUCAAGGAAGAUAACCCCAAGGGCUCAGGAAACACGAUCAAUCGUGGAUAGACAUUUUUAUAGACGAAAGAAAAUCUAAGAUACCCCCUCACAAUUCUUCAUCUCAUUCGGGUCACCCA